AUGUUGUGCACUUCCAAUGAGGCAGAGAACACAUCAGCAAUCGUAGGAGGUCUUGCCCUUAUCGCACUCGCUUCCUCUAUCCUCAUCCAAGUCGGAAAACUACACUGGGCCAAGUUGUUCAACUUCUGUUGCCCUGCCCCUGCACUAACUGAAGAAACCUCACCGGUGGCUCAGCAAGAAUCUUUACUCCAAGAUGCUAUAGCCAGUGAGUCUCAGCCUGAAGAGAAAUUAUCUUUUUAA